UUUUCCCCACAUAGUUUGUCAUCACCACGUUUUCUUAAGCAACCUCCACACUUCGAGAAAAAACCGCACACCCUCUGACGACAACAAUGAUAAGUGUCUCCCACUACCAUUCACUGUGCCAUUUGCAUUAUUUCUAUCUUUCACCCCUUUCUCUAUUGGAUCCAAAGUUACCAACUUUUCUUAAUAUCAUCUCAUAAAGUCACCAUUUUUGCUUCCCUUUUGAGGUGAAGUGAGGGCUGGGAAACAAAACAUGUCUAGGGCAUUGUUUCAUUUGUUGGGUGUUUUGUGGCUGUGUUGGUGCUUGACAUCAAUUGGAGAAGCUCAAAUAGAGUACCUAAGAUACAAAGAUCCAAAGCAAUCGGUUCAAACUCGGGUUAGGGACUUGAUGAGUCGAAUGACUUUAGACGAGAAGAUUGGUCAAAUGGUUCAAAUUGAUAGGAGUGUUGCCAAUGCUAAUGUUAUGAAAACCAGCUUCAUUGGGAGUGUAUUGAGUGGUGGCGGUAGUGAACCCCUUCCAAGGGCUACUGCUGAAGAUUGGGUUAAUAUGAUAAAUGAUUUUCAGAAAGGAGCUCUUGAGAGUAGAUUGGGCAUACCAAUGAUCUAUGGUAUUGAUGCUGUUCAUGGACACAAUAAUGUCUACAAUGCUACCAUAUUUCCCCAUAAUGUUGGGCUUGGAUGUACCAGGGAUCCUAACCUGGCACAAAGGAUCGGUGCUGCAACUGCUCUUGAAGUUAGAGCUACGGGGAUUCCUUAUGUUUUUGCUCCAUGCAUAGCGGUUUGUAGAGAUCCAAGAUGGGGUCGGUGUUAUGAAAGCUAUAGUGAGGAUCCUAAAAUUGUGCAAGAAAUGACAGAAAUCAUACCUGGUCUACAAGGAAGUAUCCCUGCCAAUUCCAGGAAGGGAUUUCCAUAUGUUGGUGGCAAGACAAAGGUAGCAGCUUGUGCUAAACACUUUGUUGGAGAUGGUGGUACAACGAAGGGAAUAAAUGAGAACAACACAGUGAUUGAUUGGCAUGGAUUGUUGAGCAUUCACAUGCCUGCAUAUUCUGAUUCUAUUAUUAAGGGGGUCUCUACAGUUAUGGUUUCAUACUCCAGUUGGAAUGGUGUGAGGAUGCAUGCAAAUCGUGAUCUAGUCACUGGCUUCCUCAAGAAUACCCUUAAAUUUAAGGGGUUUGUCAUCUCAGAUUGGCAGGGUAUUGAUAGACUCACAUCACCACCCAGUUCAAAUUACACAUAUUCUGUGCAGGCUUCCAUUGAAGCAGGUGUUGAUAUGGUGAUGGUCCCAUUCGAAUAUGACAAGUUCAUUCAGGAUCUUACUCUCUUGGUCAAGAGCAAUAUCAUUCCAAUGGAGCGCAUUGAUGAUGCAGUGGAGAGAAUUUUGCUUGUAAAGUUCACCAUGGGUCUUUUUGAGAAUCCUCUAGCUGAUACCAGCUUAGUCAAUGAGCUUGGAAGCCAGGAACACAGAGACCUAGCAAGGGAAGCAGUGAGAAAAUCUCUUGUACUGCUUAAGAAUGGGAAAAAUGAAAGUGCUCCACUUCUGCCUCUUCCAAAGAAAGUCCCAAAAAUCCUAGUUGCUGGAUCUCAUGCCGAUAAUUUGGGUUACCAGUGCGGUGGGUGGACAAUCAAAUGGCAAGGAUUCAGUGGCAACAGUGACACAAGAGGAACAACUAUUCUCAGUGCCAUAAAAUCAGCAGUUGAUACAAGCACAGAAGUCGUCUUUCGUGACAACCCUGACAAUGAGUUUGUUAGGUCCAAUAACUUCGAAUAUGCCAUUGUUGUAGUUGGCGAGCCUCCUUAUGCCGAGACUGCUGGGGACAGUACGACACUUGCAAUGAUGGAAUCUGGCCCAAAUGUCAUCAACAAUGUCUGUGGGACUGUUAAGUGUGUGGUUGUCAUCAUUUCUGGCAGACCUAUUGUUAUUGAACCAUACGUUUCUUCUAUAGAUGCAUUGGUGGCUGCAUGGUUACCAGGCACUGAAGGCCAAGGCGUGACAGAUGUCCUUUUUGGUGACUAUGGUUUCACCGGUAAGCUUGCGAGGACAUGGUUCAAAUCUGUAGAUCAACUCCCAAUGAAUUUUGGGGAUCCUCACUAUGAUCCUCUUUUUCCUUUUGGUUUUGGACUAACGACUGAAUCCGUCAAGGACUUGGUAGCAAGGUCAACCUCUGCUGCUGUUGGUGCAAGGGCUUGUAUAUUUACCAUUAUAGUGACCACCCUAAUCAUCAGCUUAUAUUCAACUGGUUAAGCACAAUUUAUGGGAGCUUUAUUGGAGCAGGAGGCUAGAGAACUAACUAGGGAUACUUCCCGGCUUAGUCUUAUUCUAGUGUAAUUCAUUGUAUAUACUACUGAGACAUUAUUAUUCAUGAACUAGUAAUUUGAGCACAUUCUUUUUCAUAAUUGAAACUUUGUUCGAAGGAAUAUCAGACAAUUUAGGUAUUAAAUCUACUAGGGCUUUAAGUAGUGAAGUUAUUUAGAGUACUAUAACAUUUUGAUUUGUGUUCCGUUGCCUCUACUCGAAUCACCGGAAUUAAAUGUUCAAAUGCAAGUCUUUGUAUAUAUAGCCCAAAUUCAAAAUAACUAGGAAAUAAAUGUCCUCUAGGGUUGCUACUA